CGGAACAUGCGCGGAAAGUGCAAUGGCGACGGAGGCAUGAUCACUCUUCGGAUCCACGAACGGAUUCUAGAAGGGGAGAAUUUAUCAACAGCAAAUUUGAAUGGAACAUCACAUCAGGAUCUGACAGUAUCACCCAGUUUCUGGUAACCUGAAUGUUUUUAGAUUUUGAACAUGGAAACUAAAGUCACCUUUCACAGUGGGGAAAAACCAUACUCGUGUUCUGUGUGUGGACGAGGCUUCAGCCGAUCAUCUGGCCUGUCCAGACACAAAUGCAGUCACAGUGGGGAAAAACCAUGGAAAUGUGGGGAUUGUGGAAAGGGAUUCAAUUAUCCAUCUGACCUUGAAACUCAUCGGCGCAGUCACACUGGAGAGAGGCCAUUCACCUGUCCUGAAUGUGGGAAAGGAUUCACUCAGUUUUCCAACCUCUUGUGUCAUCAGAGAACUCACACUGGGGAGAGACCAUUCAUCUGUACAGAAUGUGGGAAGGGAUUCACUCAGUCAUCCCACCUGAUGACACAUCAGAGAGUUCACACCGAGAACAGUUCAUUCACUCGAUCAGAGUUUGGGAAGGGAAACACUCAGUCAUCACAUGCACCAAAACAUCAGCGAGUUCACAAUGAUGAGAGAUCAUUCAUCUGUUCCGAGUGUGGGAAGGGAUUCACUCAGUCAUCCCACCUGCUAAAACACCAACGCGUUCACAGUGAUGAAAGACCAUUUCAGUGCCUGCAUUGUGGGAAAUCCUUUAAAAGUUCUGCAGAACUGGUCACCCAUCAACGUGUUCACACUGAUGAGAAACCAUUCAGAUGCUCUCAUUGUGGGACUGGAUUCAGGAAAUCAUCUCACCUCAUUGUCCACCAACGAAUUCACACUGGGGAGAGGCCAUUCACCUGCCCCGAAUGUAGGAAAAGGUUCAAUAAUUUGUCCAAUCUGCUGAAGCACCAGCGUAUUCACACUGGGGAGAGACCUUUCACCUGUUCUGAGUGUGGGAAAGGAUUCACUCAGUCAUCCAAUUUGUUGAGACAUAAGCAAGUUCACAAGCAACUACCAUAACUGGGUUUUGCUGUUACUCACAACAAGGAAUGAACUCUUUUACUGGGGUCUGUCUCUGUUGAUUGAUCAUCACCACAAGACCAGCUAUUGGUGGUUUACAUUCUGGAUAAAGUGAAAUCAAUCAGGUUAACUUAUAAGCAAAGUAAUGCAGAUGAUGAAGGUCUGAAAUACAAAGUGCUGGAGAAACUCAACAGGUCUGGCAGCAUCUGUAGAGAUUAGCUGAAACUGGAAAAGGAAGUUCCACACAAGAGGAGCAGGCAUCUCGGGCAGGACUUAGACAGAAUCAAACUGUGAUGCAAGGAAGCAAGUGAAUAAAGGAGUAUGUGUUCAACAAUCAGACAUUUUCUGCAGUUUUCAAGAUAUGGUGGCAAAAAUCAGUUUUUGUCAAUCUCCAUUUAUUUACUGAGCUGCUGCCUCAUCAAUUGUGACUUAUUCGGAUAUAAACUGUCACAUAUUAACUGUAUUAACCUCAUUUCAAAUGAUUAUAGAGAAAUUAAUGGGGUUAAAGGCUGACAAAUCCUGAGGGGCUGAUAAUCUUUAUCCCAGAGUACUAAAGGAAGUGGCCCUGGAAAUAUUGGAUGCAUUGGUGGGCAACUUGCAGAAUUCAGUAGACUGUGUUCCUGCGUAUUGUAGGGUGUCAAAUCUACUCCAUGAUUUAAAGAAACAAAGGGACGGAAAACACAGACAAUCACUGACAACUUAUCUGAACAUGGGUGAAAUACUAGAUUCUGUUAUAAAAGACACAAUAACAGAACACGGCCUUUGAUAACUUUCCACAUUUGACACUGGUGGGCAAAUUUACUGGCAUGGAUUGAGAACUGGUUGACAGAUUGAAAACAAAGUGGGAAUAAAUCGAUCGUUUUCUGGGUGGUGGACAGUGACUAGUAGUGUACCACAGGGAUCAUGAGCGCUAGCUAUUCAUCAUAUAUUUAAAUGAUGUGGCUGGGGAAAGCAAAUGCAAUAUUACCAAGUUAGCUGAGGUCACAAAGAUUUGUUAGUUAAGAUUGAGUUAAGAUUGAGUUGUGAGUACAAUGCAAAGAGGCUUCAGGGUGAUAAAUUGAGUUUGUCAGAACACACGCAACAGACACUGUGCGACAUGGAUAAAUGUGCAGUUAUACACUUCAAUGUGAAAAGCAGAUUAUUCAUUAAAGGGUGAUAUGUUGAGAAAUGUCAGUGUACAAAAGGAUCUGCAUGUACUACUUGUACACCAGGUGCAGCAAGCAAUUUGAAAGGCAAGUGGGAUACUGGCUUUCGUUGCAAGAAGAGUUGAGUUCAGAAGUAGGGGUGUCUUACUACAGUUAUACAGGGCCUUGAUGAGACCACACUGGGAGUAUUAUGUACAGUUUUGGUCUUCCCACCUAAAGUGGGGAUGUACUCGCCAUGGAGACAGUGCAAUGAGGGUGUGAGAGCCUGAUACCAGGAUGUCAAGACUUUCAGAUGAGGAGUGGUUGGUUCGACUGGCCCUAUGUUCAUGAUAGUUUAGAAGAAUGAGAGAGGAUCUGAUUGAAACGCAUAAAAUUAUCAAAGAGAUAGACAGACAAGAUGCAGGGAGGAUGUUUCUCCUCAACGGGGAGUCGAGAACAAUAAAGUCACUGUCUCAGAAUAUGGGGUAGGCCAUUUUGUACUGAAAUGAGAUAACAUUUCUUAACUGAAUGGUCAACCUGUAGGAUCUGCUGCCACAGAAGAUUGUGUCGGACGGAUUACUAAGUACACUCAAGCUGUCAAUGUAAAUAUGAGACAGUUAUGAUCCAAAUAUUUUACCAUAUGAAUGCAUGAAAUAGGUGCUGAAAUGAACCAGGCAGGUCCUCAAGGCUAUUCUACAAUUUUGAGAUCAUGGUUAAGCUGCUGUGUUUUGAAAUCCACAUUUCCACUUAGCCCUUAUAACUCUGGAUUUGUCUGCCUAAUAACUAUCUGUCCACCUCUAUCUUAAAGAAAAAAACAAUGACCCUGCUUCCACUGCCUUCUGGGGCAGAGUUCCAAUGUUGCACAACCCUCUGACACAACAGAUUUCUCCCUAUUCAUGUUCCAAAAGGAUGACUCUUAAAAUUAAAGUGUCCCCUCGUUCUGGACUCACCAAAAAGUAGAGGCUUCCUUACCAAGUCCAACUUGUAAAGACUAUUCAGAGUAUUUUGCACUUGAAUCAUGCCUCCCCUCAUUUUCAGAGACAAGGAUGGAAAUUGUUGGAGGGGCUCGACAUGUCUGUGAAUGUUUGUGGGGAGA